AUGUCGUCUGAGGCUGUAGACACCAAGCUAGAAAAUAUGUCCGUCGAAAACGUUGAAGACAUCGUCACUCCUUGGACUGUAGAAUCUAGUUCCGCUAAAGGAAUCGAUUAUGAUAAGUUAAUCGCCAGGUUUGGUUGUCGUAAAAUUGACAAUGAGCUUAUUGAACGAUUUGAGAGGAUCACGGGACAUAAAGCUCAUCCUAUGCUCCGACGAGGAUUGUUUUUCGCGCAUAGAGAGUUAAACGAAAUAUUGAAUAGAAAAGAGCAGGGUAAACCUUUCUUCCUCUAUACAGGACGAGGAGCAUCCGCAGGAAGCUUGCACAUGGGACAUCUUGUUCCAUUUAUUUUCACGAAAUAUCUUCAAGAGGUUUUCGAUGUUCCCCUCAUCAUCCAGCUUACUGAUGACGAGAAAUUCUUGUGGAAGAAUUUAAAGAUAGACGAAUGCAAGAAAAUGGCUAUUGAAAAUAUCAAGGAUAUUAUUGCUGUUGGAUUUGAUCUCGAUAAAACAUUCGUCUUUACGAACUUAACUUAUAUGUGCCCCCCUUUCUAUGAGAAUGUUUGUAAAAUCUGGAAGCUUGUUAAUUAUAAUCAAGCUCAAAACAUUUUCGGAUUCUCUUCUGAAGAUCCAAUCGGAAAAAGUGCGUUCCCAGCCAUUGAAGCUGCACCAUGCUUUGCUUCUUCUUUCCCUCAUAUAUUCGGAACCAAAAUAGAUAUUCCUUGUUUGAUUCCAUGCGCCAUAGAUCAGGAUCCUUAUUUCCGUAUGUGCCGUGAUGUAGCACCUAGAUUGAAAUAUUGCAAACCUACUCUUAUACUCUCGACCUUCUUACCAGCCUUACAAGGCUCUCAGACAAAAAUGUCUUCUAGUGAUCCGAACUCUGUUCUUUCUUUAUCAGAUACUCCUAAACAGAUUAAAAGCAAGAUCAAUAAGUAUGCUUUCUCCGGUGGACAAACUACCAUUGAAGAGCACCGAUUGAAAGGCGGUGAUUGUGAUAUUGAUGUCAGCUAUCAGUUCUUGAAGUAUUUCAUGGAGUCGGACGAGGAGUUACAAAACAUUCGCGAAAAGUACACCAAGGGAGAACUUUUGAGUGGCGAAAUGAAAGCCCUCGCGGUCGAACAGGUAACCCAAGUUAUCGUUCCUAUCCAAGAACGCCGGAAGAAGAUCACAGACGAGUUGGUAGCGGAAUACAUGAAAGUUCGACCACUCAAAUACACCUUUUAA